ACAAGAAACUAAAAUGGCGACCCAGGACAGAAGUCCGUCGCUGUUUGCUGGCAAGCCAUGGUCAGUAUUGGCCGACAGUUGGUCCACAGCUGAUGAAAAGGAAUCAGACGGUUCAAAGGAAUCAGAAGAUAAGGAUGACAACAGUGAUAGUAUGAAACUCCGUAAAGACGAUAAAUACCUUUUUGGUAUUUGUCCUUCCCAAGAUGAAUUUUACUUGGUUGUCUGUGAAAAAUGUAACCAAGUGAUCAAACCUCAAGCCUUGAAACGGCAUAUGGUGAAUCGUCAUGGGCUGAAGGACAGUAAAGCUUUGAUCAAGGCUGCAAUAGGUGCCGACUUCCCAAAGACUGGCAGUGACACACCGGUCAAGGAAGGUCGUAAGUCUAUGCCUCUGACCAAGGCCAGCCUGAAGCAGCCCCCACAAUCCAACCUUGUGCCUAAGAUGGCCUCUCUGUCAAACAAGAGCAACAACUCCUCAGGGGGCAGCAGCAGCUCAAUGAAGAAAUCUCACACAAUGCCAGUGGUGAAAAUGGAACGAAUACCCGAACAACUGGCCAAACGAACUCUGUCAGUCGCCCCCGAGUCUGGUACCAAACCAGUGCUCACCAAUGGAACUGUGAAAACCAACUCCAGCGGUGCCCCAACGCCCCCCACGCCCCCAGUAUCGCAACCUACUCAUGCAACUAUGGUGUCUGUUGUCACCACUACCACUACAACAUCGAAGAACUCCAUCAGCAGCAGCAAUAUGACUCCAAGUGCUACCACCACUGUGACACCGUCCCCUGCAAUGACGACCGUCACGCCUGCCGCCCCCACAGUCCCCCCUCCCACACCUACACCUCCCCCCUCCAUAGUCACUCCACCCUCCAGUAACAAGAAAUCUCCCAAGGAGAGGAAGUUUCUCCCAUGCAAAGAUCGUGAGUUUGACCCAGACAAACAUUGUGGGUGCUGGAUUCCUGACAUUGCUAAACAAUGUACUCGGUCUCUCACUUGUAAGACUCAUGCUCUUUCAUUACGGCGAGCCGUAAAGGGAAGAAGCAAAACAUUUGAUGAACUGCUCAAAGAACAUCGGGCAGCCAAGGAACUUCUUCUCAAACAGAAAGCUGAGAUGGCAGCUAAGGCAGCAGCAGCCUCCGGGGGCGGGGCAGGGCCGGGGGGAGGGGGCAGUUCCAAGUCUGGUCAUAGCGAUUCUAAUGCUCACUCAAAAGAUGGUGUCGCCCAUUCCAAAGUGCCACACCCACCCUCCAUGUCUCCCACUCAGAAAAACAAGUCUCACGCCAAGCCCCACAACUCAGUAUUUCAAAGACCUACCUCAACUGUUGCCCCGCCUUCCCUGACACAUAUCAAGGAGGAGCCUACUUCUGUCGCUAUGGAUACAAGUGGAGGUCGCCUGUCGAUGGAGGAUGGAGAUGACGAGCAGGAUCGAGUAGAUGCCACUUACCUACCAUAUCACCCUCAACCUGCUGCUAUGUGCCGAUUCGGCGCCAGGUUUAACGGAAGUGGGUGCCAUGCAUUUUCUCGCCGUGCUGACUAUGUACGAGCAGCUUUCCUAAGUGCUCUGGAGCGCCACCUACAUCCUCCGCCUCACAAGAAACUGUGUGUCGAGUCCAACUUGCCAAAGGAACCCCUUCUGGUCACAAAUUCCAAAGAUCCGUAUGAAUUCAACAUGGACGAUGUCAGUGGAGGUUCUCACAACUUCAUCGGAAUGAUUAACUCUGCCAACAAAAGUGCUUCAAAACCAAAAUCAAAGUCCUCUUCCUCAUCAGCUGUUUCAUCAUCAUCAAGUAGCAAUCGGACUUCUAAAUCUCCUCGGGACUCUGCAGGCUCUCGGAGUCCCGGGUCCUCGUCUGGAUCUGUAGUGAACGCGAACCCUGCUAAACGGAAACGAAGCAGUGGCAGUCAGGGUGGGAGUGGUGGUCUGUCAUCAGUGACGGCUUCUAUCAAUCCAAACCCAGCUAUAUCCAAUGUCAUUGGCACUAUGGCAGCCCUUAACACUCACACAAACCCAAUAACAGCCAUUGCCAUUCCAAACCUCGGUGGUGCCACGAUCGGCCAUUUCAAUCCAACAUUGACAAAUAAACAGAACCAAGUGCCCAAGAAUAAUAUAAAUAUCAAAGAUUUUAAUCUAGUAUUAACUGGAAUUGAUUCUCUCAACGGCCAGUAUAUUGCAAGUGCCCAGUUAGCUGACCUGACCACUCAUCAACAGGUCGUAACAACGGACGAUAAAAACACAGUUCGCAGGAGUCGGACAAUCAGUGGCAAUGCUAAGACCACCAGUGGUGCCAAACUUACAAAUAACCUGGAUACGUUAAAGACUUUACACAAUAACAGUGUUAUAAUGUCCCAGAAUGCUGUUCUGGUGGAUGGGUUGCAGGGUGCAGUGUUAGCGCCAGUCAACCUGACGACGCUAGGCAACUCCAGCAUGGCCACAUCUCAGGCUAGUCCUUCCACAGCUCCCAGUCCCAUGUUCAGAACAGAUGCACUUAGCCCCCACGUGUCACUCGCCUCACCUCUUCCAAACGGCAUCGUCAGCUCGCCGUCAGGUAAGCAUAAGUCCGGGACUAGUCAUCGACACACAGCCAGCCUGAAACAGGGACAUAAUAAAGUCAUGAAUCUGUCUCCCGGGCUGCUUCAAGCCAACCCAGGUCAGCUGGGAACACAGCUGUGCACAAGUCAAACUCUCACAGCUGCACAGCUGGCACAGCUUCAAGUCAAACCCGGCAUGCUCAAUAUGAAGGGCAUGACUGGCAAGAUCACCAUGCAACCCAUGUCGGUGAUCAUGAAUCCCGCUCUAACCGGCCAGCAGGGACCCCAACACACGUUGCUUGUGACAACCAGCGCGGAGGACGGCACAGCAAAACAGCCGGAGCUACACUUACAACAGAUAUCAAAUUCCCCAUCGAAUGUGAUCUCAUAGCACUGACAAGUUAGGAGUUCAGCUUGCAGUUAAAGUCAAUACUCACCGGGAGAAUUCUGGUGCCAACUACUGUUAGGAGAUGUCUGAUGCAUUUCUUACAAAGGACUGAGAAACCUUUACUCUAUUGUGAUUGGAUUAUGAGCAUACAUAAACUUGAUAAGGUAGUCUGGGUAGAGUAUUCUUUGUAUUUCACAUGUUUGAUUUAUGUAGUUGCUAAGAUAUUUACAGUUAGUGCUCCAAGAUGGUCAUACUGAUGUUGAAUUGUAAAAGGGAGAUAAUUGUCAAGGGAGAUAAAUCUGUCUUAAUAACUUUUCACUUGAAAUUGACUAAGCCUUUAAGAUAUUUAACUCAAAGGAAUAUUUGUUUUUAUCUGAGUUUAGGAAUCCACUGCAACUCACUGAGGAGAGUUGUAUCCCUUAGUCAUGUCAGGAUCUGCUUACCAUGGGUUUGAAUCCCAGAUUCGACCUUAUCUUAUGAUCCUCAGUCUGUCUACCAAACUAAAAAAGGUCUGUGACCGGCUACUCUUGGGCACUCCCCCCACAUUUAGCUGAUAUGCUGUGAUAUAGCAAAUACUGUUCAAAGCUUUGAACCCAACUAAAUCACUCUGGUCUCAAUAGCAUCUUAACUGACAAUACUUCAAAAUUGUUAGAUGAAACUCUAUUUAAUAAUAAUGUCAGAAUUAUUUGUCAUUACUUUAGGUUCAAGCAUUUCCUUGAUUCUUAGCUUAGAGGAAAGUAUUGUAAGACAAGUUAUGUGUUGAAUAUAUCCUAUUGCUGCAUUUCAGCCUCUUGUCCGCUGAUAUCUAUUCAAAUCUGAAAGGAAAACAACUUGCUGUGCAGAGUUUUGUCCCUUAGGUGUGACAGAACUCAGAUACGCCCUGAUGAUGUUUCUAGGUUUGUAAGACAUGCAUCACUCCUACCCACAUCAAGCUGACACACCAUGGUAUAACUGAAAUACUGUUCAAAGCAGUGUGUGACCAAGCUCAAUCACUCACUCAUUUCUGAAAAGCUACAAUAAGUGUCUAAUUAUUGAAUGACAACGAAUCCUGAUUUGUACAGUUUGAUAGACAUGUUGUUUUACAGUUGAAUGGAGUAGUAUCCUGACCCUCAUCUAUAGUUACUUACUACAGUCAGCCUUCAGAACAUAUCUCAUAUCAGGGUUUGUUUGCAUAUCAUAAAUGCAUACACAUCUAUGCAUAUUUUUUUUUAUAAAAUAUGAAUUAUUAAUCAUUUCAUUUCAAAUUUAGAAAUUGUCUUGUCAGAUAUUUCAUUUCCAUAAUGAAUAUGUGGUGAUCUACUGAUAUCAAAUUUCUGUUCAGUCAGUUGACUGUGUUUUUUGUUAGGUGAUUGUAUUUUGUAUGGGGAAAUAGACUAAAAAGUGAACACCAGCAUAUUUUAAUAUUUGCAUCAUUACAAGCAGUGCUACGGCCCAACCAAUAUUCAUAAUGGUUGAGGCUUCCACUGUUCUGGUAAAACUUGGUGAGGUUUUCCUGUGCAGGUCAUCAAGAGGUCUACUGACAAGAACGACUUAGUUUUUCCUGCUGUUUUUCAACAUGAAAGAAAUAUUACUACACAUAAGGCUUAAAAAAUAAAAGAAUUGGUUCUCAGGCAAUGACCUUUGAAAAUAUGGUGCGGACAGACGGUGGUCUUUUGGGUUUUUUGGGAGGGGGUUGUUCAAACUAGUAUGUAAACCAAAUAAACAGUUGUGUACCAUCAACCUGGGAAAGGGCCUCUCUACAUAAACAAGCAUACAAACUCCUUUUGCCGCCAUGACCAUAACACGAGAUGUGCAGUA